AUGAAGAAAGCAGAUAAGGAAUAUGUGGAUAGUGAGUUAAAUAAGAAGGCAAAUUUGGUUUAUGUUGAUGAAAAAGAUAAUGAAAUUAAAGAAAAGGUUGAAUGGUAUCAUGAAUGGACAUUUGAGACUUUUAAAGUUAAAGCUGAUACAGAAUGGGUUUCGGGAUGUUUAGACCUUAAAGCAGAUAAAACUUAUGUUAACGAUGAGUUAGAGAAGAAAGCGGAUAAGGAAUAUGUUAACGAUGAGUUAGAGAAGAAGGUGGAUAAAACAUAUGUUAACGAAAUAUACCAAAGUUUGAUAGGAACAACUAAAAAUAUUGAAACUAUUGUUGGUGACUUUUCUGUCAAUGAAGAAAACAAAUAUUUUAGAUGGGAGUUUGUACACUCCUUAAAAAAUGGUAUACGGUGUAAACUCAUUCCGAAAAAUAACAAUGAAAUGUAUGUAGGCUAUAUAAAGAAUGAUGGAACACAAGUUAAAGUUCCAUUAGACAACAACUGCUACUUAAACUUAUAUGGAGACGAACAAAAGAAAUAUUUAAGAGUUUAUGAAAUGGCAGGUAUGACGUUGGCUGACCCAGCUCCAGCACCAUAUUAUUAUGACUAUGGAGAUGAUGUCAGAACACCACAUGUAGAUGAACAAAAGUUAACAUUAUAUUUAGAUUAUUAUAGAUAUAAAAGAUAUAAUGCAAUAGAAAAAACGAGAAUAGUAUAUUAUUAUACAGAUGACAGAAAUAAAUAUUAUAGUCAAGAUUUUACCUACCCUGAAAACAUAAGAUUAUAUUAUAAAAAAUAUUCUGACACAAACCAGAAGAAACCUGAAAUAGUUACACUAUAUUUUAAGUUCAAAAGAGACAAUCCUAUAAUAUCUCAUAUGUUUGAUUUAAUGAACCCAGUAGGUUCUAUUUAUACAUCUAUGGAUGCAAGAGGUCCUCAAGUAAUGUUUGGUGUUGGUGCAUGGGAACAAAUAGUUGACAGGUUUUUGUAUUGUGCAAACUCUUCAAAGGAAACAGGGGGAAGUAAAACGAUUUCAG